AUGGAAAGUAACAACCAAACAGCAUGGGCUUCAGGAUUUAUACUACUGGGGCUGACUGAUGACACCAAAAAUGAACGUAUACUUUUUGUUUUUUUCCUAUUGGUUUAUUCACUGACUUUAGUUGGGAAUUCUCUCAUGGUGAUAACAAUAACUCUGUCAUCAACACUUAGCUCUCCCAUGUAUUUAUUUCUGCGUUACCUCUCCAUAGUAGACAUCUGCUUCACUUCCUCCACGGUGCCUAAACUCCUUUUAGAUUUUCUCUCAGAGUUAAAAACAAUCUCUUUUCCUGGCUGUGUGGCGCAGCUGUAUCUGUUUAUUUCUUUUGGCGGAAUUGAAUGUGUUCUUCUCGCUGUCAUGGCGGGCGAUCGCUAUGUAGCUAUUUGCAUGCCAUUGCACUACACAGAAAUAAUGAGCCGUAAACUGUGCAUAAAGCUUGUAGCGGUGUGCUCUUUCAUUGGAUUUUUAAAUUCUCUUGCACACACUGUUUUUACUUUUCGUUUACCAUUCUGCAACUCUAGAUUUAUAAAUCAUUUUUUUUGUGACAUCCCACCUCUACUUGCUAUAGCUUGUGCUGAUACCACUCCUAAUGAAGUAGUAGUGUAUACUGCAGGGGGGUCAGUAAUUGUAGGUUCUUUCUUGGUGACUCUUUUAUCCUAUAUCUUCAUUGUUAGAGCAAUCAUAAACAUGAAGACUGCUUCAGGAAGAUAUAAAACAUUCUCCACUUGUGGUUCUCACCUUACAGUUGUCACGCUUUUCUUUGGGACAAUUGUUUUUACAUAUAUACGUCCCACCUCAACUUAUUCUCUUGAUCAAGAUAGAAUUGUACCCGUGCUUUAUGGAAUCAUGACUCCAUUACUGAACCCAAUCAUUUAUAGUUUAAGAAAUAGGGAGGUUCAGGAAGCUAUAAAGAAAGUCGUUUUUAGAAGGAGCAUUAGAAGUUAA